AUUACAUUUUGUGAUAAAUACUUGUUUGAUUGUCGUUGCCCUUCGCCACAAGACGGCGCUAAAGCAAAACAAACCAACUAGUUUAAAUUGACCUUGUGUUACACUUCCGGAUCAAAGUGAGCAUGUUAGUAUCAUGGAUCUAUUAAAGAUGAGGUCACUGAUGCUCAAGAAACUGCCAUUCCACCUGUGGGCCUGCCCCAGAGGACCCUGCUCUGGCCGAGCUUGGAUGUCCUGUGGUAUCCAUGCUUUUUCACCAUCUACAGCUCAAUUCACAACAACGGCCAAAUACUCCAAAAAUUCUACACAACCUUAUACAAUGAUCUAUAGGCUGCCACAAAUCAAGCUUCUUAGGGCCGUGUCUAGACUCAAACUGCUCCAAACUGGAAUCACUGUUUUCAUUUUACCCCCUGUCUACUACUUCUACCUACAGGGGGAUUUGUCUUUGUUCCUUGUGGCUUACUCCACAGGUAUAGCUGGUUUUGCUGGGGUCAUGCUGUACACUGCCAGUUAUUUCUUCAGAAGGGUGGUUGGGAUGAUGUAUCUAGACCCCUCACGGACCAUUCUUAAAGUUUCCCAUCUAACGUUUUGGGGGAAGCGCAGUGACCUGUUCCUCCCCGUGUCAGAUGUCAUGACUAUUGCGGAUACAGGAGAUGCCACUAGUGAGACAAUACUCAGACUGAAGAUGUACAGCAGCCCAAAGACGUUUUACUUUUCCACUUAUUAUGGAAGUAUUGUUGACCUGGAGGGAUUUGAGAAAGUAUUUGGAAGAUUAAAAUCAUGAUUGUUUUUAUUUAAA